CCGCAAUUUUUUAUAUCUCCAACAAUAAUAAUGUAAAAAGAAUCAAACCGCGGUUGUUCUUUUUCUUCACGCGCGUGUCUUUUUGAGCAAAUGCGCUAAUACUUAUCAAUACUCACGCUUAAAAAUAAAGUUGUUUUUUAACGAAACUUUUACUAUUUCUCCAAAUUUGUGUGAACCGUGCCUGGUUGCACAUAAAAUAAUUAUAUUGUUGCUGAACACUGACAUAAUAAUGUGUAUUUCAUUAAAAUAGAUUUUUAUUUGAGGAUAUGAAAUCCAAUAAGGAUUUGAAAUUAUAUUUGCCAAAUUCAUUCAUAAUAUACUACUUCGCGUCGAAAAAUGGGUUAACCAACGAUUUUUGACCAACUUCGCCGCGUCGCGACUCGCUUCGCUAUAGUGCGCAAUCUAUACCCUCCGCCAUAUUCAUUAUGCGCACUAUUGAGAAUCGAGUUGCGACUCCGCGAAGUUAAUUAAAAAUCAAACUGUUUAGCCCAUUUUUCAACCUGAAUCAGUAUAUUUAUUUUCAUUGUUAUUGAUAUGUCAGCUAAGCCCUAGUCGUAAAUUCCUCUUGAAAAACGGGAGCCCUGCACCACCGACAUUGUUGUCAACUUGUCACCGUCGUCGAUUUAAUACUACAUUUAUCUUCACACGUGUUAACAAAUUGCCUGACACGGAAGUUUUUUGUGCAAAUGGCGAAAUCGAAGAAAAAGGUUGUGAUUUCAGCAGCGGUUAAGCAGACCGCAUCGAAAAAAGUACAUCGAAGUGUUCGGAAAGAAGCUAAAUCGAAAAAUCUUGAUUUUUUGCUCGCUCCUCAUCAGAACAAAAAUGUCGACACAGGAAUUCAAGAGAUAAGCCCCGAAAAGCCUUCAACUUCCACAGCAGUUCCGCAGCAACAUCGCAGUGGCAAGCGACCGGUGGAAUUGUCUGUCCGCAGUCAUUCCGGUUAUUUGGUCCGCAACAAGGAGAACACGCACUGUCAACAGGAUGAUGGAGUAUCACCUCCAUCUGCUAAACGAUGUGCCAUCCGUGUACCGGUCAUUUAUCUCGAAAAACAAAAUCUGCAGCGCGGAAAUAAGAGAUCAACACUGCUCCGUGGCAGCCUGUCGGAUGGAGAGAACGAUGAAGAGCACUUCGAGUCGAAUGCGGAUGAAAACUACCACAAAAUGCCGUGCGUGGGCCGUUCAAAGGAUCCCUCAGAAGCUGUUAAAAAGUUUAGCCAGGAGUUGACAUCCACUAAUCAGGUGAAAUCAACAACAGCAUCGCAGGUAGAGGGCCGUGAAAAGAGACCGGCAGCAAUAUCAGUCACCAGUUCCAUUGACCAGACCGAGGACGAUUUUCACCAACAACAAGACGUACACAAAACGCCAUCAUUCGCUCUUCCUGCAAAACGGUUGGCAUUCCGAGCACCCUUGAUUGAUUUUCCAACAGAUGGAAAUCUACAGUUUCUCCAAGAUUGGCUGUCAGAAGAAGAAGACGAAAGUGAGAGCUGUGAAUCGGAAACACAAAAUGCGUGUGAAACAGACGACGACCUUGAAGACCGUCCUAAGAAUCUAUCAAAGACUGGUGCGGUUAAGGUAAAACAACAAAAGUCGGGCCAGAAGCAAACAUCCGGAAAACAGGUAGGAGUAACAGCAGUUCCGCAGCAACAGUUCGCCGCAAAACAACAGGCAGCAAAAUCAAUCCGCCAUCAGUCUGGUUCCUUUGUUCAGAUCAAGGAAAGUAUGCUCCGUCAACAAGCUCCAUCUACAAUACGAUGUGCCGUUCGAGAGCCGUUGAUUGAUUUGCCAACAAUCGAAAAGCUGCCGUUAAAUGAUGUAAUGCAUCCACCAUCACCCACAGCUAUCGGAUAUAUUCAGCCAAAUCCACUAGUCGAGGCAGACACCGAUUUCCGCUGUGUUUGCGGACAGCAGGCUAAGAUCGAUCAGCUUAUCCACCUGAACAAUGCCCUAAUUGCGCAAAAUAAGAAAUUGAAACUUGCUAAUGAGAAAAGCUCACUCCGCUGUCUCACAUUGACGGACGCCCUAAAUGCAAAAGUGUUGGGAAAGACACAUGACGAAAAGUUCACCGAAUUGCCCGGAUUCCCCGACAAAAAUAAGUUGAAGAAAUUUUCUGAAACUGCUGGGAGCCGCGACUACAUUUUUGUCAAGCUAUUGCUGAUGGAAAUCUUCACGGAUGGUCUGAAAAACAUGACACUCACGGGUCGUGUAACAAACAAUCCAAAUGGUCGGAAAGGAGGUGAGCGGAUUCAAAACGAGUUGCCGGAAAAAGUUCGCCUCGAUCCUGAGAAAGUUAAAUACAUCGAAGAGCGAUUUGUUGAGCACCGAGUUUAUCAAGGGGAAACCCCGGCCGUCGCUGGAGUUAAGGUUAAACAAUGUCGCGAGCUGAUCGCACGCGUUCUGAUUUACUAUGGUAAGAAAUAAUUUGUCACCGAUUCAAUGUUUUAAUACAAUUCAGAAGUUGAAUUUCAAAGAAAUUUAAGAUUAAUUUUUGACGAAGUUUUUGUUUGCUUUUUGUACUAGCACAAUUUAAAAUCUAUAUUGCUGUUCAUAAGAUCAUUUAUGAAAACCCUCA